CUGAAGUAACUGUAUAGGGAAUCGAAUCAUUGCUUCGUCGUAUCCCAGGAACGUCACUAGCUGACUGAGUAUCGAAUGAAGGUCGCUCGAUGUUUCAUUCGAUCGCCAUCUUGUAAAAGUAUUUUACUCGUGAAUCGUGAUACUUUUGAUUCGAUACAGGCUUAUAAUCGUUUUCGAUUCAAUAUCCAUUUGAUUUUCGGCGGCAAAUUGACUAUCUAUCAAGACGUAUCGAUACAAAAUGAAGAAAUGUUCGUCGGUUGUGUGGCGAUUCUUUGAGCGAAUAGACGAUAGUCAAAGAUGUGUAGCAGUGGUGUGUAAAUUAUGUGAAACGCAAUAUAAAUACUAUGGAAAUACGACAAAUCUCCGGGCUCAUUUGAUAAAUAAACAUCCAAUACAAUGGGAACUGUCACAGAAUGGAACAUUGGAUGAUACUCAUUUUAGAAUUGAAGAAGAUGACUCAAAACAAUCUACACCAAAUAAACGAAGGAAGUUUACACCGAGGGGUCUCAAAGAUAAAAACGUACGUUACUCAGUAUCAGUUAAUCAGGAAGAAUCAUCAGGAUCGGGCGUUAUGCCAAAAAUUGAAAUACAACGGGUAGAUGUCUUAGAAAACACAGAUUCUGAUAUUGACAGAGAAGAUGGGAAUGAUUCUACAAUAAACUUGGUCCGUCAGAUGCAUGCAGGAGGUAACACAGACGAGGAGUGGCUUGAAGAUGAUCCAUACCAAAUCACACAUAUAGAGACAUAUGAACCUAAACGCAAGAAGAUGAAGUACAGAAAGAUUAAGCGAGAAGUAGCUUCGCCUACAGGCCUACCUGGCUUCUAUGUCGCACCCAAAGAAAAGAAAGUUGUCUACGAAGAUCCUCAGAAACAUGACGAGUACUCAGUAUUCGGAGAAUAUGUAGCCAAUAAACUAAGAAAAUUCAAAACCCCAAGAACGAGAGGUAACUUACAACAAUUAAUCACAACUAUAUUAUGGCAGGCUGAAUAUGGGCUGUAUGACAAUGCAGAUGCGGUAAAACGGGUCCUCAUGUACUCAAUUCAGUCAAAUGAACCAGAACCAUCGGUACCUGUAGAGUUUGAGACGCAGAUACAGACCGUACAAGCUGAAGAAGUUGUAGAGGUAAGACAGGACCCCAUCCAAAGUAAUGAAGGAGAAAUAAUAGCGGAAAUUAGUUAGGUAGGUUUAGUGUAUUUACGAGGUGUAAAUCUUUAAAAAUUAUUGUUAAUUAUAAUAUAGACUUAUAAUAUU